UCGUGAUCGUAUAGGAAACGCGUCAGGCAGGCAGGCGGAUAAAGAAAAUAUAACCAAAUAUUUGGCAUUAUGUGCGACGACAACAAGUGUAAAAAAAACAUCAAUUGUUUGGUGCUCUGCUCUGUUGAUUGUUGAAACCAAUGCAAACGGUGCGGCUGCCUCUGGUUGUGCUGCUGCUGUUACUCCUGCUCCGGCCAAUCUCUGGCAAGGCCAUCGCCAGCACUAACGACGCAGGUGCUCGCAUUGUGGGCGGCACUCCGGUGGACAUCGGCUCUGUGCCGUAUUUGAUCAAUUUACGCGUCGGUGGCGCCUUCAUUUGUGGCGGCUCGCUGGUCACUCCAACGCAUGUUGUGACCGCAGCUCACUGUGUCAAGGGUGUCUCUGCUUCCCGGUUAGAGGUGGUGGGCGGUGCCACAUUACUAACGGAUGCCACUGGCGUAAAGCGCGGUGUAGCCAAGGUUUAUACGCCCAAAGCGUAUAACAUACAAACACUGCACUCGGAUGUUGCUGUGCUGAAGUUGAAGUCGCCACUGCAAGGCAACAACAUUGCCACAAUUGGGCUGUGCAACUCCAGCUGGAAGGUGGGCGAACUGAUCAAGGUCUCUGGCUGGGGACAGAUCACCGAAAGCAACAAACGCGUCUCGCAACAUGUGCGCAGCGUUGAGGUCGCGCUCAUCUCACGCAAGAAUUGCAUAAGUCAGUACAGACUGCGUGGCACGAUUAGCACAAGCAUGUUUUGUGCCUCGAUGCCGGGCAAGGAUGCCUGCGAUGGCGAUUCGGGCGGACCAGCUGUCUACCAGGGCCAACUGUGCGGCAUUGUGUCGUGGGGCAUCGGCUGUGCACGACGCAAUUCCCCAGGUGUUUAUACAAGUGUCAAGACUGUUCGAAGUUUCAUAGAUAAGGCUUUAAACCUCUAGACUCUAGACCGCAUAAACAACUUGUUCAUUAAGCUUAAUUUAAGCCAGGGUCGAAACCUAGUUUUGGGAAUCUUAAUAUAACUGAGCCAUGUUAAGAUCUAAAGCAUUUAAGUUAUGUACAGCAUGAAUUAAAAUUCUUAAAA